AUGCAGCGCGAGAAGAAGAAACCUGACGACGGCAAGACCGACGCCAUCCUCGCAACCGUCCCCGGCAAGGAAGAUGACAUUGAGAAUGGUCACAUUUCUUCGCUGGACGAGGCUGAACUUUUCCUGCGAGAGCAUGGCAUUUCACACUCCCAGCUUCAGGAAAUGCUCGAUGACCCCGCCAAAUCUCGGAGGAUUAGAAGGCGAGUUGAUUUGAUCCUUCUGCCUCUUCUCUGUGGUACAUACGUUUUGCAAUAUAUCGAUAAGCAGGCUCUCGGCUACAGUGCAGUCUUUGAUCUUUUUAAAGAUGCCCACAUCAACAGUGAUGAGUAUAGCUGGCUCGCCAGUAUUUUUUACUUUGGCUAUCUCUUCUGGGAGUAUCCUGCGAAUUUGAUUGCUCAGCGACUUCCCAUCGGAACGGUUAUCUCAUACUUUGUUAUUGCCUGGGGAGCCAUUCUGAUGAUAACGGCCGGCUGCAACAAUUUCACUGGCAUGGCGAUCUGCCGCUUUCUCCUCGGUUGCUUCGAAGCCCCGAUUACCCCCUGCUUCAUGAUGAUUGUUGCCAUGUGGUAUCUGCGGCAGGAGCAGCCCUUCCGCGCUGGAUGUUUCUACUGCUGCAAUGGCAUUGGAUCAAUGCUUGGUGGCCUGAUAAGCUUUGCUAUUGGCCAGCUAAAUGGAUUUCCUGUCUGGCGAGCAGUAUUUCUCAUCUGCGGCGGGGUGACGGUGCUCUGGGGAGGCAUUCUGCUGCUUUACCUUCCAAACAGCAUUCUCUCCGCGAAGCGAUUUACGAUCGAAGAGAAGAUCUUACUUAUUGGAAGAGGGAAACAGAACCAGACGGGUAUUCUCAACCGCUCAAUAAAGUGGUACCAAAUCCGAGAGGCUUUCCUUGAUCCCCAAGUCUGGCUCGUCUUCCUUUUUGUCUUGCUCAACGAGACGGCUAACGGAGGUGUGGCUAAUUUCGGCAAACUCAUCAUCAAAGGCCUGGUCUCCAGUCCUCUCCUUGCAACAGCCCUCGGCAUCCCACAAGGAGCCUUCCAGGUCUUCUUCAUUCUUUCCGGCACCUACCUCUCCUCGCGAUUCAAGAAUAUCCGCACAAUCAUCAUGAUCAUCUACCUCUUCCCCACCCUGAUAGGCGUCUGUCUACUUUGGCAGCUGCCCCGAACGAAUCGCUACGGAGUCCUCUUCGGCUACUACAUCAUCGCAUCAUACGUCACAUCCCUCGUCCUCUGUCUCCAAAUGCCGUCGAGCAACACCGGCGGCUACACCAAGCGAGUCACCGCAACGGCUCUCGUGUUCAUCGCAUACUGCGUGGGGAACAUCGUCGGCCCUCAUGCCUUCUUGGCUAGAGAGGCACCCGUCUACGAGACCGGAUGCAAGCUCAUUUUGGCGUGUGCGUUGGGUCAGAUGGCGUGCACGGUGGCCUUGCGGGUGUUGUUGAGCAGACGGAAUAAGCGCCGAGAUGCUGAGGGCGUGGCUCCGGCGGAGGGAGACGCAGAUGAGCAGAUUCUGGCGGAUCUGACGGAUUUCGAAAAUCUUCGCUUUCGAUAUGUUUUGUAG